AUGCUGGCCGCACAGCAACAGCAGCAGCCACAACAGCAACACACAACGGCAACAGCAGCGGCAGGCACAACAGUAGGGCUCGAGGAUGCGGGCUUGGAGCGGGCGCGCCGCGAUUCGAGCACGUCGGAGUCCUCGCUGGAGCACCUGGACUUGAGCCGCACGCCAAAGAAGCUGAGCAGCAGCAGCGGCGCGCCGCAGCCGACGUCGACGCCGCACGAGGCGACGUCGCGCAAGCGCAAACUGCGCCAGCUGCAGCAGCAGCCGCAACAGUUGCUCUCCGACGAGGAUGAGGAGCAGCUGCAGCAGCAGCAGCAACAGCAGCAGCAGCAGCUGCUGGAGCAGUCCGCGCAGCGACUGCGGCACAAGCAGCGACGCAGCGGAAGUGCAGCCGCAGUCGCUGCCGCAGCUGCUGCCAGCGCCAGCAUCGUCGUCGACUACAGCGCCGGCGGCGAUGCCAGUUCGCUGCGCAAAAAGUUUCGCCUGAACCGCAGCAGCGCGAGCAGCAUCAAUGGCAACAACGGGGAGCUCUCUGAGUCCGGCUUUGUGGAUGGCAGCGCGCACAGCGGCUAUUUGCUCAGCGCCAGCAGCGCGGCGCAGUCAGCGUCGGCAGCGCAGCAGCAGCAACAGCAGCAACAGCAGCAAUUGGCCUCAAGCAGCAGCUCCGGCGGCAGCUCGCCCCAAGGCCUGUGCCACUCGAGCGCCGAAUCCGGCAUCGGCGCCGGCGACGAGCACAUGAAAUAUGUUUGCCCCAUCUGCGAGGUCGUCUCGGCCACGCCCCACGAGUUCACCAAUCACAUACGUUGCCACAACUACGCCAACGGCGAUACCGAGAACUUCACCUGCCGCAUCUGCUCCAAGGUGCUAUCAUCGGCCUCCUCGCUGGACAGACACGUGCUGGUGCACACGGGCGAGCGUCCGUUCAACUGUCGCUAUUGCCAUCUGACAUUCACGACGAACGGCAACAUGCACCGGCACAUGCGCACCCACAAGCAGCACCAGACGACGCAGCAGCAGCAGCCGACGCAGCAGCAGCAGCAACAGGCACAGCAACAACAUGCACCGCAGCAACAUGCACAGCAGCAACAUGCACAGCAGCAGCAGCAGCGACGGCAGCAACAUGCGGGCGCGUCAGCUGGACGCGCGGAGAGCUACGAGAGCGAUGCCAGCUGUUCGACGGAUGUGUCCAGCAGCAGCAGCGGCAGCAGCAGCAACAACAGCAACAACAGCAACAAUAACAACAACAACAACAACAACAACAACAGCGAGCAAACGAACAAGAACAACAGCAACAGCAACGGCGAGCAGCAGCAGCAGCAACUGUUGCUGGCGUGCAAGCAACGACGGCCGAAGACAAACAUCAACAACAACAACAUUCUCAGCGACGAGGAGCAGCCAAAGCAGCCCAAGUCGGAGCCCGAGCCGGAGCCAGAUCUGGACUCGGAUGCGGAUGCGGAGAGCGUGGAUGUGGCACAAAUGAUCACGAGCACGCCGGAUGUGGCCACAUUGUUGGCCACCGGCGGCGUCGGCGGCAGCACGCCGAGUCCCUCGCCGGGGCUGCAGAGCUGUCCGGCGUGCAAUACGGGCGAGUUUGAGACAUUGCCGGCGCUGUGCGCGCAUCUGGAUGCAGCGCAUCCGGACAUACCAGCCAAGUGUCGCGAGUGCGAGGUGAUCUUUGCCAGCCAUCGGCAGCUGCAGGUGCACAGCUGUCGCGGCCAGCUGCAGCUGCCGCCGCUGCUGGGCGCCAGCAGCUCGCCGCUGCACAAGCUGGAGGAGCACGAGCACGACCAGGAGCAGCCGGAGCAGCAGCAGUAUGGGGAUGAGGAGGAGGAGGAGGAGCAGCUGGCCAGCAGCGAGCGGGAUGAGUUCUUUCAGCAGCUCUAUCUAAAAGGCAAGGCCGGCGGCCUGCCGUCGCCCAUCAAGCGGGAGCCGUCGGAGCAGCGUCAGGAUCUGGCCGAUAUACAGAGCAUACUGCACAUGACCAGCUCCAGCUGUACGUCGAGUUUCCUGCGCAACUUCGAGCAGUCCGUGAACACGCCUUGCUCCAGCCAGUACAGUCUGGAUGGGCGCGACGGCGAGGAGGAGGCCCAGGAUGCGUUCACCAGCGAAUUCCGGCGCAUGAAACUGCGCGGCGAAUUUCCCUGCAAGCUGUGCAGCGCCGUCUUUCCCAAUUUGCGCGCCCUCAAGGGCCACAAUCGUGUCCAUUUGGCCGCUGUCGGCGCCGCCGGACCCUUUCGCUGCAACAUGUGCCCCUAUGCCGUUUGCGACAAGGCGGCGCUGGUGCGGCACAUGCGCACCCACAACGGAGAUCGGCCGUACGAGUGCGCCGUCUGCAAUUAUGCAUUCACCACGAAGGCCAACUGUGAGCGGCAUCUGCGCAAUCGACAUGGCAAGACGAGCCGCGAGGAGGUUAAGCGCGCCAUUGUCUAUCAUCCGGCGGAGGAUGCCAGCUGUGAGGAGAACAACAAACGGGCCGCGGGCCAGGACACGGAUCUGGCCGAGCUCAGCUAUCGCUCGCUCAGCCCGCCACCGCCGCUUCCGCUUCCUUUGCCGCCGCCGGCGACGGAGUCGCAGCUGAAGCACAUGUUGCUCGCGGAGCCGUGCGCCAAGCCGCCGCCAACGGCGCCGGCAACGCCGCUCAAGAUACAGGUGAAGAGCCUGGAUCAGCUGGUGGAGAAACCGGUAGCGCCGCCGGCCAUGGAUCUCAGCAUGGACGUGCUGGAUCUGAGCAAGAAGCCCACAGCAGCUGGAGCGCCAGCGGGAACGGGAACGCGAACGUGAGCAGGAGCACGAGCUGCUCCAGCUGCAGCAGCAACAGGUGCAACAGCUGCAACAGUGCAACAGCAGCAGCAGCAGCAACUGUUUGGAGGUGAUGCGACCACGCAGUAUAUGCAGCAGCUGCUGCGCAAUCUCAUGUUCCAGCAGACGCCGGGCUUCUCCUUCUUUGGCUAUAUGGCGCCUCCGCCGCCGGCAACGGCGACGACAGCAACAGAUAAAUCCCAAGCAAAUGCAGCUGCGACGCCGGCAACAGUUGCUGCCAUGCCCGUGCCCAUGCCCAUGGCCGUGCCGGUGCCCGUGCCAGCUGGCGGACCCGUCAAGAUGGUCAUCAAGAAUGGCGUCCUGAUGCCCAAGCAGAAGCAGCGUCGCUAUCGCACCGAGCGUCCCUUCGCCUGCGAGCAUUGCUCCGCCCGUUUUACGCUGCGCUCCAACAUGGAGCGCCAUGUGAAGCAGCAGCAUCCCCAGUACUAUGCGCAACGCCAGCGCAGCGGACACCAUGUGAUGCGCGGACGCGCGGCCAGCUCCAAUGCGGCGGCGGCGGCAGCGGCAGCGGCGGCAGCAGCAGCAGCAGCUGCCAUGUCGAAUCUGGCGCAGCACCAGCAGCAACAGCAGCAGCAGCAGCAUGCGCAUCCGCCCAUCUCGGAGCAGGUGAAGUAUGCGAUAUUGGCGCAGCAGCUGAAGGCGCGCAAGGAUACGGAUCUGUUGCAGCAGGCGCUGGCGCACGGCUCCAGCAGCGCGCUGCUCCACUUUAACUACAAUAACAACAACAACAAGCAGGAGCAGCAGCAGCAACAGCAGCCACAUCCCGGCAACAAUCUGAACGGAGCUGCUGCGGAUGACGAUGAGCCGCCCAAGCUGAUCAUAGACGAGGACGAUGAGGUUGAGGAGGAGGAGUUUGACGAUACGGAGGAAGAACCGGAGGAGGAGCUCGAAAUGGAGGAGGAUGACGAGGAGCAGGCGGAACAGCUGAUGGAGUCCGCGUUGGCGGCCACGCCCACAUUGCCACGCCCCGGCACGCCAAUUGAGGCAGCCAAAAAGGUAGCGGAGAGCAUACUGGAGCAGGUGAUCAAGGCGCAGGCCAAGCCCGAUCCCGAUUCCGAUGCCGAUGCCGUGGCCAUGCCAACGCCCACAACAGCAGCAGCAUCAGCAGUAGCCACGCCCACGCCAACGCCCACUACGAUGAAAACAAUGAUAGCCCAAGCAGAAUCGGUGGCCAAAUCCUUGAAAGAUGUGGCCAGCUCGCCGUUCAAGGACGAAUCUCAGGAUCUGGUGCCGGUGGCCAAGCUGGUAGACAACGCGACCAGCAAUCAGGUCUCCUUCAAUAGCUAUUUCCGGCCAAGCGACGUGGCCAAUCACAUGGAGCAGAGCGACGAGGAGGGCCUAGUCGCCUCCGGCAGCGCCAGCGAGAGCAACAAUUCCGGCACCGAGGACGUAACCAGCAGCAGCUGCAACGAACCAAAGAAGAAGUCCGCCUACAGUCUGGCACCGAAUCGUGUCAGCUGUCCGUAUUGCCAGCGCAUGUUCCCGUGGAGCAGCUCGCUCCGGCGCCACAUUCUCACCCAUACGGGCCAGAAGCCCUUCAAGUGCUCCCACUGUCCGCUGCUGUUCACCACGAAGAGCAACUGCGAUCGGCAUCUGUUGCGCAAGCACGGCAAUGUCGAGUCCGCGAUGAGCGUCUAUGUGCCCACCGAGGAUGUCAGCGAACCGAUACCCGUGCCCAAGUCCGUCGAAGAGAUCGCCCUGGAGGAGCAGCGCCGCCGCAAGGCAGCCGAGGCGGAGCGCGAAAGGGAACGCGAAAGGGAACGGGAACGGGAACGCGAGCGGGAACGCGAAAGAGAGCGUGAACGGGAACGGGAACAGCAGCAGCAGCUCAUCCAGCAGCUGACCGCCGCGGCACAGCUGCGCCAGCAACUGGCCGCCGCCGCCGCCGUCGCUGCAGCUGGACCCGGUGCUGGGAAUAGUCCAACUGGAGGGGAAGGAAACGGCAGCGAGCUGCCGUACAAAUGCCAUCUGUGCGAGUUCUCGUUCGGCGAGCGGCUGCAGUGCCUCGAGCACAUCAAGCAGCUGCAUGGCCAGGAGUUUGCCCUGCUGCUGGCCAAAGGCGCCAUCGAAACGGAGGCGCUCCACGACCAGCAGCAGCAGCCCAAUCCUCAGCAGCAGCAGCCCCUGGCAACAGCUGGUUCCGAGGAUGAGUCGCUGGCGCCGGCGGGUCGCGGCAAUGGCAAAUAUCCGGACUACAGCAACCGGAAGGUGAUUUGUGCGUUCUGUGUGCGUCGCUUCUGGUCAACGGAGGAUUUGCGGCGACAUAUGCGCACACAUUCCGGCGAAAGGCCGUUCCAGUGCGAGAUCUGUUUGCGCAAGUUCACGCUGAAGCACAGCAUGCUGCGGCACAUGAAGAAGCACAGCGGACGCAGUCACAAUGGCGAGCAGGGCGCCUCCGAUUGUUCCGAUGACGAGCAGAUGGCCACGCCACCUGGCACGCCCACUCCAACGCCCCAAUCCAUGGCCAUGCCCAGCAAUAACAACAACAACAACAACAACAACAGUUGCCAGAACAACAACAACAAGCAGAGCCUGCGCCUGGACAAGACGCCCGACUGGCGCCUCCAGAAGGACAAAAUGGGCGAUGCCACGCCCUCAGCUGGAGGAGGAGGAGGAGCAGCAGCCGCAGCAGCCGCCGCCGCCGCCUUUGGCAUGGCCAGCAACGAUCUAAUUGGCAAUCUGCUGGGCAUCAGCGACCAGGGCAUACUCAACAAGCUGCUCUCCUCCGCGGACGAGGCGGCCAAGCUGCUGGGCGUUGAAAAGUAAGCGAAGCGUAAGUCACAAAAUCAGCAGCUAGUCAAAAAUAACAAAAAAAAAAACAAGAAGCACAUUUAACGUUGCCAGCUAACGUAAAGUUAUCGGUUCAACGCAGCAGACUCAGCUCAGUAGCUCGUAGUUCUUAGUCAAACUUUGCAACACAUGAACUUUGGCCUUACGCAAGCAUGUGAAAUAUCAUAUACAGCACCCAGCAGGAAGCGAACAGCUGGCUUGCUCUUCUCUCUCUCUCUCUCUCUCUUCUCUCUUCUUCUCCUUUUUGAACUGUCAGCGAACUGUCGUUCCACACAUACCAAAGCCUAGAUGUUUUUUUUUUUUUUGAGAUAAUUUUAAACUCAUUUCAUAUGUAGAAAAGUAGCACGUUUUUUUUUGUAGUGUAAGCGCUUUUGUUUAGCGGUACAACCGAACGUUUUACAACACUGCACAGGCAGUGCAAACAUUUUGAGAACCAAAAACAUGACAAAACGCAAACGUUUUGCAACACUGCAAGCGCAGUUAACAGUUUGCGAAGCAAAAACAUGACAAACGUUUUGCAACACUGCAAGCGCAGUUAACAUGACAACAUGACAAAACGCAAACGUUUUGCAACACUGCAACUGCAGUUGACACUUUGCAAAACGAUAGCAAACGUUAUCCAACACUGCAACUUGCUGUUAACAGUUUUGGGCAACAUUUUGUGAACGAAAAACAUGUCAACAACAAAUUAAUCAAAAACAACGCAGAAAUAAGUAAACAUUUUUUUUUUCCAACACUCCCCCUACCCUACCCUACCCACUAUUUUGUACGUAAUAUUAGUAUUAAAAUUUAGGUCUACAACGAACACAAAUAAUGCUUAAAGAAAGACUUAAGUUAAAACUAAAAGAAAUUAAAAUUAAUAAUAAUAAUAAUUCUAAUAAAUGUGUACAAGAAAAUUUGCC